GCCUGCAUGCAUUGCUGAUCCACCUUUAGUUCGAUUUCGAACCUUCAGGUGAACGGUUUGGUACGUCUGACUGUGUCUAUCUUUUGCGAUCUACGCGCUUUAUGCAAACGCAAAAAUUGCGCUGUUCGUUUGGAAUUUUUGUGUUCUUUUUGGUGUUUUGUGAUUGCCCCGAGGUGGAACUGAAACUGCGCGGGUUCGAAGAGUGUAUGCGGAUUUUGGCUGUGCGCGCGCAUAUCAAUGAGGAGAAAGGCUUUCGCGCACCCCUCAGCCUGGCAGUGAAUUGAAAUAAGAGGAAAGUUCGAAAUUGAUCCACGUGUGUGAAAGGCGUGUACCAGUGGCAUAAAGGGAUCGAACUGGAUCUUGCCGAAAUUGGAUCAAGUGCAACAUUCUGGCGUACUGUGGGUAUUGUCUUUCAUUUGUGAUUGGAAGUGCUAAUUUGUGCACUGCAAGAAAGGGAUUUGCGGAGAAAUGCACUGUUGCUACCAGGAGUUCAUACCGAGUUGAAGCAUCUCAGCGAAGUUUGUAAACAAGUGAAAGAAAAUUUUCGGCUGAAGUGUACGAGCGAGCGGAUUUCGUUCGGAGAACGGAGUGCGGUCAGAAGCGAAUCAAAACCAAACCCGUGUGCUUUAUUGGAGAAUAACUGAAAUUGGUUUGAGGUUUCGUAAUCGAAUGGGAUGCGAAUGAUAGAUUGAAGAGAAAAGUGGAAGAGUAUAAGUGCGAAUUUUUGGUGCUUUUGGAUCUAUAAAGAAAGGUGAAUAAAAAAACGAAACAUACACGCCGGAAAGAUCGCGAUCACAUAAAAGCGCUGCUGAGUAUUGAAUGGAAUAUGUGAACCAGGAGAAGAUCGGUAAUUUCAAACAAGGGAUUUAAACAAUUGAACCGAAGCAGUUAAAAAAUAGAUGUGAAUGGUAGUAAUCACCACGCGGCCAUACUCCACAGCAACACCAAACGAAAGAAACAGAUACGAAUAAUGCUUGCAUAACUGGGAAACGGAGUCGAUUUUCGUGAGGAAAAAUUGAAGAAACCGAAAGCACAAAAGUAAAAAAGUGAACACAUUUAUUUUUAUUGUGGACACGAAACGGAAAGGCAAAAAAAGAAAAUUCAUACGUGUCGAAGUGAAUUCCUGUUGCUUCAAAUUUGUGGAUCAUCUCUGCACAGAGAGAACGCCAAAAGGACCCCAUUGAAGCACGCUAAAGUCUUUUCUUUUCAUCCGUGAAGUUGUUUCGCAGUGGUGUGCUUCUUGUAGUUUUGGUCCAAAAUGGAUAGCGAGAUGGGGGCUUCCUGCUACGGAGGAGGUGACAUUGCCGGUGCCAUCUUCGGAACGCUGUUUGCGAUCGUGCUGCUGGGCGUUUUGGCCUGGUGGCUCUGGAAGAAAGGAUACGUCCUGAAACAAAAAGCCGAUUCACAACUGGUCCCAGAAGACCCCGAGUGCAAGAAGGACGAGUACGCGUUCGAUAAUCCAGCCUUCAAAACUGGCGAUGGGGCCAACAACAUCGCCAGCAAGACCAGCUCCCCGCUGGAUCCCAGCUGGACAGCGUCGGCGACGACGGCGGCCAAGCAGAACAGCCUGGACAAGCGGAAAACCGUGGACGACAGUUGCAUUAAUGCGGCCACUCCUCGCCUGGUUUCGCUUCGUGGCUCCGACUUCACCGGACUGGGGGUGGAAGUGUACGGCGGCCUCAAGGAGGGCAUUUUCGUGAGGAAAGUUAUGCCUCAGGGCCCUGCGGCUGGAUCCGUAAACCCAGGUGACAGAAUCACCAGCAUCACUAUAGAUUUCCGACACAUCGUUCAGGAAGAUGCCGUGACUAUAUUGAGCUAUGCAUCGCCUUACAACGUACAACUGGAGUGUGUUUCCGGUGAAAAGCUCCCUCAGACGCAAAGCCCAAAGCCAGGACACCAAGCUCUCACCCAUCCACUGGUGCGGUCCAGCAGUCAGUCAGAUAUGAACACGAUUGAACGAAACUCCCGCAAGGACGGCAACUCAACACUCAAAAUGGAGCAACAAAGCCCCUCAACACCGAACAAGGCGCUUCCUACUGUGCAUAAGGAAAACGAAAAGGAACCCAAGAAGCAAUCCUUCAAACAACAGAUGAAAGAAAUGAUCGAAGAAAAGUUCCAAACCAAACAUGCCGAUGUGGAACGCAAGGACUCCAACGCCGCUGAGGGUAAAAAGGGACACAAAUUCGGUAUCCGCGUAUUCCCACCAUCCGUAAACGACAAACUAUUCGGCAAAAGCCCAAACAAAGUGCAGGCAGAUAACGAAAACAACACCAACAUCGAGCGGAAGGAGUUCACCGAAAUUAAAGAGAAAUCUCCAUCGCCCCCAGUUGUGAAGAAACGCACCAAGGAUUUCAAACCGGUUCCCGAUGUGGUUGUGAUUGAAUCCGCCAUUACUAACACCACCGCAAUACCAACCGAAUUCCAGCGUCAGAACAGCCUGACCUCGAGUGGAAUCAGACGGGACGCCGAUGGAAUUCCGCAGGAAGUUCCUGGUUUCAUGAUGCAGGCCGCCAACGCUGCUAGAGAUAACCGGAAGUCAGCUGCCACCGAUUUGGACAACAAACGCAAAGGCAAAGCUCCCAGACCUCCGUACAACGAAACCGACAUGGACGACAGUACGGUCACCAUGGACACAACGCUUAGCAUGGACAUGACCGAUGCAGUGAUGCAUGUCGAAGCGGAAGCGAAAAGGUUUAACCUCAGUGAUCGUAUGAACUUUUCGGACAACUUUGCCGAGGAAGUUUUGAACUGCACUAUCGAGAGUUUGUCCGGCAUUGAAAAAUUUGAUGAACAGGGACCCAGUAACAGCUCGACUCCCAAAAGCGAACGCAAGAAGUCAUCUUUGACGGAAAGUAUGGUACACAAUGAACACGAUUCAGACACUGAAGAAACACCGACGGGCAGCAACAAAAUCGAGCUGAACUCAAGUGAUAUCACUGUGCAUCAGAGUUCGCCGAGCCCAACCAGCAGCGAAGAGAUGAUCGACGACAGUAACCGACGCACCGCAAGUCUCGGAGACCUCUCAAAGCUGGAAACGCAAAUUUCCAACCCUGGCAGCAACACCAACACCCUGGAACGUGCACAAAGUCUGGAAAUCACCGGUGACGUUGUAACCGUAGCUGGAUCGGGAGCAGUCGUGAUUGGAACGACUACCGCUCCUGGCACGAAGAAGCGAAAGGCGUCGGUCGAAGGUCAAGUGGACAUGGAUUCGAUGGAACCGAAAGUGAUCGUAGGAAUGGACGGGCUGACUUCUUUGCAGCGAAACCGCCUGAAGGGGGCUUCCGCUUGGGGUAACCUUGAGGAUGCUAUCAACUCAGGUGAGCUUAUGGACAGUUCAUCGGAGCACGAGCUUAAGAUUUCUUCUGAGGAAGUUGUUGAAAACCAAGUCAAAGUUAUCGAAAACGAACUAGAUAGCGUGAAGGAGAUCGCUAAGGAACAGUUGCUAGAAAUCAACACCACCAUAAUACAGAUGGUCAAUGAAGUCGUUCCCGCGAACGUUAUGAAUGGAACCUUUGUCAGAACAGAUGAUGAGCCAGUGGAAGAAGAGAGUAAACAAGAUAUGGUUGAAAUCGUGACUGUCGUGGAUAAGAUUGCCCCCGCGGUGAUCGUCGCCGAAGAAAGAAAGGUGGAAAUGAAGGAAAAUGACAGAGAACACGUUUCGUUGACAACAAUCAAUAUGGACUUCGAUGGCACGUAUCCUACGGAAAUUGAUGAGAGCAGCAACAGAACUGAUCAUAUCAAGAUCGCCAAUUAUGACACCAAUAUUCCAGAUGAUGUGAAAGUGUCUCGUUAUCCAUUUGGCAGUCUUGAAAGACCGAAAUCUGAUGUUCUGAAGAAGCUGCUGGGACAGAAAGAAGAACUGGAAAACACUCCAUCCGUGUUCAUCUCUGGAGACAACGAUUCCAACAAAAUAACGAUCGAAAACAGUUAUCACGAUGUUGGAGAACCGAUUAGCCUCACGCUAAUCAACAGCACGGAAGAUAGUCCAGUUGAGAAUGACCAAACAGAGAGCAGCCAGGUGUCUCCGGUUUUUUCUAGCAAUACGAAUGGAGUCAGCAGCAUCAACAUUUCCUCUUUAGAAGUUGACUUAGUCGCAUCCUUAAACAAUAAGCCUUUCACUGUUGCUCCCAAGUUUUCGCUGGACAAUAUUGUAACUAUUUCCACUGAAUCGUCACAGCCCUCCUCUAUUAUUCUGAUCGACGACGAAAAGUUGGAUUUUAGCUUGCAAACAUUGGAUGACUUCGACGAUAGUAUCGACAACUCUAACACAGCUGAGCAACAUAUAAACUUCUCAUCUGAAACUAAUAAGACGGUGAUCGAAACCAGUCCACCAUUGCCCAUGGAAAAACCUAAAACUCCGAACAGCUUUGUUACGGAAAUCACUGUCAAAUCACAUGACUCAGAACAAACCGGAAAGCCCGAAGAACCUCCAAAAGUAACUAAGAAACCUCCUAAGCCAGAGAAACCGACUACACCUCCAUCCCGAAUUCCCGUAGAGAGGCGGAUGUCAAGCGAACACAGUUACAUUCCACGCAAUACAGACAUCAAGUUCUCCACAUCUACUUAUGAUGCUGGCAAAAGCCCCGAAAAACGCCCACUUGGCAUUGAUCAAAUUCGCUCGAACUUCGAACGCAGCAACUCCAAGCCAGAUAUUCGCGCCUAUGAACGGAGCAACUCGAAAACCGAAAUCCGCCCAUUUGAGCGUAGCAAUUCCAAACCUGAUGUGCGGCCAUUCGAACGUAGCAACUCGAGAACCGACGUCCGUACAUUCGAACGCAGCAAUUCCAAAACCGAAAUCCCAGUUCGCACAUUCGAGCGAAGCAAUUCCAAGACCGACGUACGACCUUUCGAGAGGAGUAACUCCAAAACCGAAAUACCAGUACGCACAUUCGAGCGAAGCAACUCCAAAACCGAAAUUCCUGUCCGCACAUUCGAGCGAAGCAACUCUAAAACCGAAAUCCCCGUUCGUCCAUUCGAGCGAAGUAACUCGAAAACCGAUGUGCGAUCAGUCUUAGAGCGAAGCAACUCUAAAACCGAAAUCCCUGUCCUGAUUCGACGGACCUCGAUCCCAUCGAUCAACCUGAAUAACUUCAACGCAGUUCAAGCCAGCCCACAACCCAUGUCGAACGGAAACAGCAACGGAUCUAGCCCACCGGCUACCAAGGCGAGCCCCUCACGAAUUCCAGUGUUUAACUCGGUCGGCAAGCUGAACAACGGUCACGAUAGUCCCCGAUCGCCGCCUCCGUUCGCCAACAACAACAACAAUAACAAUAGUAUCAACAACAAUCACAUUAACAACAAGGUUUCAGUGAGCAUUACCUCAAUCAAGAACCAGUCGAAACAUCCGAGCGGAAAGUUCAACGGCAACUGAAGUCAUUCGCAAGAUGGCGACAUCCCACAUGUAAGCAAUAGUGAGCGAGUGUGAAUACGACAUACUGAUUCUUUCUAAUGGUGCAAUUGAGUGUAAAGGAGGUGUAGUACACCGAUUCAAUUUUGAUUGGUUAGUGACUAGAUCCUGAUAUAUGAAUUCCAUUGAAUCUAAUUCAAAGUGUAAUCGAAUGCUAACAAUGCGAUCGUAAGUUGUAUCUGUAUAAUGCUAGUACAGUAAGUCACACAUAAUGUGUAAAUGUAUAAUAAUCAGAAAUUAUUUCGAACAACCGAAACGCUAAGAGUUGUAGCGUAAAAAUACGGUGGAAAUGUUUGGCCAUAUUUACAGUUUAUUCACAUUCUACAUGUACUUGUAAAAAAACAACCUUUAUUUUAAUUAUGAAUGCGGCAACCGACUUGUCGCAUUUAGGUGGUAAGCGUAAGAAACAUAGAUGAUUAAUGUUUUAUAUUUCUUGUUAAUUAUUUGUUAAAAAAAAGCCGGGGAACAUAAAUUACCAUAGAUUUGGACUACUGUACAUCGUAAAAUGCACAACGAAUAAAAGUGACUUGUAGGACCAAGUUGCUGCGGCUUCCAACGUGGGAACUAUUUCAGUAUCCAAUAAACAACCAUUAAAACACAGAUGUUUAUAGACAGUAGGUAUUUUAUAUUUUCAUAGACAUAAUAAAAACUGUUUAAUAACCGA